GAAACUUACCGGUUUUCGAUAAAAUAGCACGUAGAAAACGGUUAAGAUAAAUAUAUUUACUCUGGCAGAAAACAAAAACUCUUAUAAAUUAUAUGACAAGCUGACAAGCUUGUGCCAACUUGCAAUAAUCACGAAAAAAGUUUGACGUUUGAUAAAGAUGUUAUUUGUUAUAAAAGAUGUGAACUUUAUAUACAAUUGAUGUAGAACAAUAUUGGACUGUGAUAAAUAAUUAACGCGCUCCAUUAAAUAAUAAUUAUGAAACCUGUGUUUACAUUGUUAUAAAAAACAUUUAUAUUUUUUUGGUUGUCUAUAUAAUUUUUUUAAAUUUUAAUAGGAUAUUAAAUAGAAAGCUUUGUAAGUUAAGCUCACACUUAAGCUCACACUUGUUAAAAUGACAUCGAUACUUCGUAUGCAUAUUAGUUCCAUAGCAAGUCGAAAUUUUCCUUUUUCUAAAAGGGCUUACGCAAUAUAUGUCCAAGGUCAAUCUCCUCAGCCUCGUGUGCGAGAGUACUUCUACUACAUUGAUCAUCAAGGCAUGCUGUUUCUCGAUGAUGUUCGCAUAAGGAAUUUUACAUCAUGCUUUAAAGACAAGAAGUUUUUGGCGUUCUUCUUUAAGCAUCUGAAAAUUAAUAAUACUGGUCGUUACAUGGAUGAUUUUCCAUUUUUGUCUAUCUGUGGUGUGGAAAGAAAUUAUGUGAGAUGUGACGACCUACCAUUGGUUUUUACAAAAGUGAUCCAGAAGCAUAAUGUGGAAACUAAUGCAGAGGAAGAUUGGUUCAGUUAUGCACAUGCAGAUGAUUUGCUAAUGGUGCCAUUUGAGCCGCAAAAAUUGUUUAUGAACGUUAAUACGGGGAGAGUGUACCAUCCUGCACUGGAAAAAACGGGUGGGAUUGGCUUGGUGAGGUCGAAUAUAGCUAUCGAAUUCAGUGCUUUCUUCGAUUUCGAAAACGGUCAGGAAAGCGCGCCGACACAUUUCAUGUGGAAAGAUAAACGAUACGAGCUCGAUACAGUAUGGUACAAAGACAAAUUGACACAAGGAGUUAGAUAAAAAUAAUGAAAUUUUAUUCAUAAUUUAUAAAGAAACAAAGAUUCAUAUUCUAUAAACUAUUUUUUUAAAUACAUGCAAAAAUAUAUAUUUAUAUAUAUAUUCCUAGUUGCCUAUGUUUUAUAUUAUGGACGAGAUAUCGAAGAUCCUGGCGGUGGUAUCGUCGGAAACUGUCAAUAUUUUUUUCUCAUCACUGAAAAAUAUAUAUAUUGUUAAAUAUCAUGGGAAAGAUCGAAUAUGUUGCAAACAAGAAAGUUUCGAAAAUAAAUUUUCAAGGCAACGAUUAGAAUAAUUUUAAAUGCUCG